AUGACUUCUAUCCGGCCUGCAACUCGACUUACCACCCGCCUUGGGAAUGCUCCUGCAAUCCCCUUCAACAUAGGUGCAACUACACCUCUCACCCCAACACCAUCUCGACAUAGAUCUUCAUCUGCUCCCCCUGCUGCAGAUACUUCCCCCACACCAACCCCGCCACCACCUCAAGAAAAUCCUCCUGCCCCAACUGAUGAAGAUCAGAUUGGACAACAGGAAAGUAUCGCUACACUGACCCAACAGGUACUUCAACUCCAACAACAACUUCAAGACACCAACAUCAAACUUCAGGAAGCUCAACAUUCCAUGCGUACUAGGGAACAAGAGCUUCAAGCACAUCUUCAGGAUGUACUUGCCACCACUCAGCAAGAUCAGGAGGCUGCACAACAAGAAGUAACUGAACUCCGUGCUGCUCUUCAGCGCCGCAGUGCUUCUGCUCCUUUUGGGACUGAUGACCAUAAUUCCUCUCUCAGACUCAAGGCCUCAGACUUACCAAAGUUUGGUGGUAGAGAUAAUGAGGAUGUGGAUCAAUGGAUCGAGAAAGUAUCUGCAAUUUUUGAAUACUCUGGUGUUCAGGAUAAGAUUCUUCUUCAACAACUUCCAUUGAUCCUGGUUGGCAAAGCUUCAACUUGGUUCACACAGCUAGGUUCAAUCCGCCGUGCUGCUUUGAACACUUGGGAUGCUUGGAAAACCUCUCUUCGUAAUGCUUUCUAUCUCCCUAAUCAUAAGCUGACCCUUCGCAGACAAUGUCUUUAUCGCACCCUCCGUGUGAAUGAGACGUUUACUGACUAUUUCCAGGACAAAACUAAUCUCCAGCGCUAUGUGUACCCUCCAACCACCCUAGAUGCUGACUUGAUUGAUGACCUUCUCACAGGUAUUCCUGUCAGUAUGCACCCACUCAUCAAGGCUGGCAUUACACCUUUAAUGACUUUGGAGGACUUUAGGAGACAUCUGAUGGACUUGGAACCAGGCUUGCGCCGAGGUAAUCAAUCACAGUAUCGUUCCUCUUCCACAUUGAAUAAUGCUAACAUAUCUACAGGUCGCUUCAACACUACACAAAAUACAACAACAAACUCAACUUCUGGACUACCUCGAGCUUACAACAGCAAUCAAACCACAUCUAUUCCUCGCACUCCAUGUGUCUGUGGUGGAUAUCACUGGAGGCGAGACUGCCCAAACAAAGCUCCCCAAAGUAAUCCACUGCAGACACCCCUCCGCCCAACAAUCUCUACUCCCCCACCACCCACUCCUAACCCAAACUCUAAUCGUUUUCCACCUCGACAAACCUUUCCCAACUCCAUUCCCAACAAUAAUGGUAACAAAUGGCAACCUCGAAACAACUCUCGCCCAACCACCAAUACUUCAACUCCAGUAGAAGUCCUACCGCCACAUCCACAUCAAGGCUAA